GAAGGUUGCAAUUGCUAUGUUAAAGCUCAUGGAUUGGACGUGCUUAUUGUACAUAUAUUUUCUUUCCAUUUUUCUGCCAUGUCCAGAACAUUGCGCGCAAGGGAAUGUAACCGAAUCCUACAAAGUGUACAUCAAUACGGAGAAAUGCGUCUACAAGACGGCCGAGCAGUUUCUCUCGGUAGCUUUAGGUUCAUCAUUGAUCAGACGUAAUUGGGAACAUUUUAACGUCAGUUCAGUAAAGCUUCAGAACCUUGCGAAGGGAUUAGCGCCUGCUUUCCUGCGAAUAGGCGGAACAGAUGCAGAUUUUUUAUUGUUUGAUCCAUACAAAGAAUAUCGCAAGACAACGUCACGUGAACAAGGCAUGGAUCCCCACGCAACCUCACGUGAUAAACCUGUGUACCAUAACCCAAUAUCACGUGAACACCGCAUUGACGCACACAAAUCGUCACGUGAUCAAGGUAUGGAUCGUAACACAACAGCACGUGAACAAUUAACGCGUCCUUAUACCAACUUCACAAUGACAACAAAGGACGUAGACAACCUUUUCAAAUUUGCCAAAGAAAGUGGAUUGAGUAUAAUUUUUGGACUAAAUGUUCUCUUGCGAGAUUCCAAAACUCACUACUGGAAUUCUACCAAUGCGCAGCAGUUGAUGAGGUACGUCGCUAGCCAUAGUUUCACGUGCGGUUGGGAGCUUGGGAACGAGCCUUUUGAUCUACACGGCCUGGUAAAUAGAACAAUAACCGGUAAAGAAUUGGCUUUUGAUUUUAAAAUUCUUCGAAAACUUUUGAAUGCGCAUCCUGAAUAUGGUCAAAUGCUUGUUGGACCGGAUGUGUCGUCACCAUGGAGACCACCACUUAGGAAUAAGUAUUUGAAAGAAUUUUUAACCAACAUAGACGGAAGUAUAGAUGCCAUGACAUAUCAUCAAUAUUACACCAAUAACCAAGCAAAGGUAUCCGAGUUUUACGAUCCAGAUCUUUUAGACGACCUCAUUACAGACAUACAACAAUUACAAAGCAUUAUGAGAGAGUCUGGUGCGAGUUCCAUUGAUCCUUGGCUAGGAGAAACCUCUAGUGCGUAUGGAGGGGGAGUACCUGGUGUCUCUGAUAGUUAUAUCGCUGGAUUCAUGUGGCUUGAUAAACUUGGUGUUGCUGCAAGACUCGAACAUAAUGUCGUUAUAAGACAGACAUUUUAUGGAGGAUCGUAUUCGCUGAUAAACCAGAAAACUUUGGACCCCUUCCCAGAUUACUGGUCAGCGUUCUUGUAUAAGAAACUGGUCGGAUCUCGUGUGCUCGAAGUGCAUGAUGGUAUAUCGCUGGGUCGUACUAUCCGUGUCUAUGCUCAUUGUACAUCAGAGAAGUCGGGUUACGACGCUGGGAGUUUAGUUUUAAUCGCUCUCAACACACAACACAAUGAAAUACAGUUGGUAUUGACAAAUGGACUUGAAAAACUGCCGGUGCACCAAUAUUUGUUAACACCCGGGGAAAAUAAUAAUCUGACGUCACAGACUGUUAGAUUAAAUGGUGAUCUACUUCAAAUGGUAAAUGAUACAUAUUUACCAAAUGUUCAACCUAAAGUAAUAAUACCCCCAGAGAUCAUAAAAUUACCCGCAGUGUCCUAUGGUUUCUUUGUUAUCCCCAACGUUCAGGCGGAAGCAUGCCAAACUUCUUACAAGAAAACCAUCAAGUCAGAAAGUGUCGUGAAUAUUUAAAAUGAUGUGACAUCAAAAAUUGCUAUUUUGGGGGAUAAAAUUACGGGAACCACCGAGUAUUUUAAUAAAUUAUGAAACAACGUUAACUCCGAAAAUAAACAUUUUAAUAUUCUAGCUUUCGACUAAGCAUCAGGAAUCGGAUGCUAGGUUACAUUACAUCGAUAUAGUGAAGAUUAAGUAAGUGAUUCAAAUUACUUAGCCUAGCAUCAUUCCUGAUGAUGACUGAAUCUUAGUCGAAAGCUAGAAUAUUAAAAUGUUUAUUUUCGGAGUUACCGCUGUUUUAUAUUUCGGGGAUAAACUUGAUUAGAUAUAUAAUAAUACGUAUGUAGUGUCCAAUAACUUGAAAUUGCAAGAGAAUUGGAUUUCACAUUAGAUAGAGCACUUCUUAUGUAUAAAAAAAUGAUCACCAUCUAAUGCAGGCCUUAAAAUAUCUUUUCCAGGGCCGUCUGACAAAAUGUCCGGUGACGUUGAGUUUGGGUCAGACAUAUGUCCGAUGACCUUCAGUUCAUUUUUGACUCGGAAAUAAGUCUGAAUGACACAAAUGAAUAAACGGUAAAUGUUGUAAAGAUAUUAAAUAAUUUGUUUCUUUCAUACUUAUUUCCAAGCCAAAAUUAACUUGCUUGCCAGAACAGCAGUAUUAAAAAAGACUUCGACAGCUU